UCAACUUGGCGUUCAUUGUCUAUCCUGAAAUACUGGCUUAUUUGCCUCUAUCCCAGAUGUGGUCGGCGUUAACCUUUAUCACUUUGAUGACACUUGCUAUUGACUCAAUGGUGCCCGGGAUAGAGAUCAUCGUUUCAGCAAUAGAAGACCAUUUGCCCCGCUUGUCUAAGAAACAGUCUUGGGCUGUGAAAUGUGUCGUCAUCCUCAGCAUCGCCCUAUUUGGCCUCAUAUACAUUUCAGAGGGUGGGAUAUACGUGCUGACGCUGUUUGACUGGUUCGUCAUCUUUCCAUCCAUAGCAGUAUUUGCCAUCCUGGAGUGUCUCGUUGUAGGCUGGCUGUAUGGAACACAGCGAUUACAAGACGCUAUCGAUGCUAUGUGGGGUAAACGAAUUCCUCGAGUUUUUGAGCUCUGUAUGAAAUACGUGUGUCCCUUGCUGUUCCUCGUGGUCUUUGCCUAUUCCCUCUAUGCCUACCGUCCACCUAAAUAUGGCGACUAUAACUUCCCCGGAUGGGCCACAAUCAUUGGGUGGAUGAUCUCCCUUGUUUCCAUAUUACCAAUCCCCAUCGUAUUCACGUGGAAGGUCUACAGAGCACCCGGGACUUCACUUGUCGAGAAACUGAAAAGGGCUAUAAAACCAAAGAAAUGCUGGGUCCCUUCAUCCCAGGAAGAACCACCAUACACCGCAGUUCUUCAGCCAAUGCUUUAAACCUUUGUACCACAGCCAAACAUUGUUGUGUCAAACUUUGAUGUGUCGAACUGACAGUUGUCUUGAAGUAAACGCUUGGUAGCUUU